AUGGCCCCUCGUCGGCGAUGUGCAGUCUGCGGCUCGAAACAAUGGCGGAAAGAGCCUUCGAGUGGUCUCAUUACCUGCAGCGAAGGCCACGUCUUGCAGAGUUACAGGAAUGAAACCUCAGAAGUAACGGAGCUCGGUCCUCACCAGAUGAGGAAGCGAGCUCUUAAAUCCCGCCGCAAGAAAAAGGAGUGGCAGAGCAAGGCUGACCCGAAACUGUACCAUGGGGAGCGUGGCAGAUUUCACUAUUAUCAGUGCCUGCAGCUUCUGUUGCGGCUACAAGCCGCUGCUCUUAUCAGGGCUUGGAAGCUUCCUCCGGAGUAUGAGGUUGUCUGCAGGGAUGUGUGGACGUUACAUCUCAGUCUCCUGCCUACUCCGCCCACUGCUGAGCCUUAUUUUCAUGUCCAGUCACAAAAUGGUGGACAGUCAGCGGCGUCAGGUCCACAGACUGCAGAGGAAAAGCCGGUGCAAGCCAAAGAUGAGCUUGAUUCCAAUGAUAUCGACGAUGAGGACGCGAAAUCGACGUUUUCGUUGUCAACUGAGGAAGGGGACGAUAUGGAUCUGGAAGACCUCCUUAGGGAAAACUCUGUCGCACCCUCUUCUGCAUCUGAAGACGACGACGAAGACGGAUCUGGUCCCAGAGUUCAACAAGAUCAGGGACAACGAAAGGACAAGACCGCCUUCCGCCCAUUUGAUAGCCCUGCAGCUAACAUCGCUAUACUGAUGCUUGCAUGUUGGACACUCCGUCUACCGGUGACAUACAUGGACUUCAAGAGGCUGAUAGAGAGCUAUGACUUCCCUUAUCUUGAUCCCUUGCGGCUAUUACCUGAGGCCGUUACGCAACAUCUCACCAAGCAUACUACGAAAGCUCUUUCGCCGCAGUUCCCUCCAAUCCCGUUGCAUGUUCAUGGGCUCACCUCGCAUCUGGCAAAGCUCAUGUUUAGCUCCUACAAUAUUUUGACGCCAGAAUGUAACGCCGCGCCGCUUUUGUGGCGAGCAACUCGGGCUCUGCAGGGUACUCCAACUCUCUACCUCCUGGCCAAGAAACUCGGCAAGGUGGUAUCGCUUACGCUAACUCUUCACUACUCACUAUCGCCCGCGUUGAGGCGGGUGAAGAUGCGAGACCCGGAGCAUCACAAGUACGAUAACGCGCCCCCAGAAGUAGCUCUUAUUGCUAUCUUGAUCGUCGCUUUGAAGUUGGUGUAUGGGUUUGACGGAAAGAAACGGGUGCCGCGGUCUGGAAAUGACCCCGCUUGCGCGCUACCCAGCUUCCCAGACUACUUUGCUGCGAUGCAGGCGGCAGAAGACGCGGAGAAGACGAAGAGACCGGCCUUCCUUGAUACUGCACCUGGCUCUUUGGAGUCGAUGCUUGAUCUGGAUGAAACAGACAUAGACAAGUACAUUGUGUUUUGCCAAAAGGCUCUGCUACCUCCAGGAGAGCGGAGAGCAAAAAUUGCUGUUCUUGACGAGUACUUUCCGCUAUCGGAACCUCUCGCUACCCUGGACGCGGAUGUAGCGACUGAGCAGCCUUCGCCCGAACCCGUUCCUACCAAAACGAUGCCGGCGACCGGACUGCGCGAAAAUUCUUCAGACCUGCGCCCAGGACGGGCUUAUCUCAUCUACAAUAGUCAGGAUAUCCUCGGAACAUUGCCUGACGACUACGAAAAGCUGCUUAGACGUGCCUCGGAUUGGACAGGCGUCGAUGAGCACUACAUCUCGGGCGUCGUCGAGCGAUACGAGCAUCGCCUGGUACGCUGGUGGCGGACUGAACGGGGAGCUGAUAAACCAGAAGACUCGGUGAGCUGUUAG